AUGGCAGACAUGGCGAGUCGCGUCGCAUCCAUGCGUGCGUUGCUUCCAGAGCUCGGGUCCGCGCUGCAUGCCUUCACUUCCUCGUCGUCUGCCUUUCGCGUUGUUCGGACAAUCGACCCCGCUGCCAGCUCCCCGCAGCCUCCCAAGACGCUGUACAUACUAGACUCCUCAUUCAACCCACCCUCCAUUGCCCACCUAGCACUUGCAACAUCUGCUGUUACACGGCCUGUCAUCGGAGACCCCAGCCCUCACCGCAUACUGCUUCUCUUCAGCACCCACAAUGCGGACAAGGCACCCACCCCCGCGAGCUUCGAACACCGUCUCGCCAUGAUGACACUUUUCGCCGAGGAUCUUUCGGCAACUAUCUCGAAUACACCGUCCGCUUUCCAGUCGCGCCCUGAUGUAGCAAUCGACAUCGGCCUGACCAAAAAGCCGUAUUACACCGACAAGUCCACUGCAAUCACGACCUCUGAGCCGAAUCCCUAUCCCAGCAACCCCACUCACGUACAUCUCAUCGGCUACGAUACCGUGACCCGCUUUCUCGCGGCAAAGUACUACACUGAUCACUCGCCUCCGCUCUCAGCACUGGCGCCCUAUUUCGACCCCGGCCACAAAAUUCUUGCCACUUUGCGCCCGUCCGACCCGAACGACUCGAGCUCGCAGGACUUCGGAUCGACAGAAGAACAAAUCGCAUACAUCGAGGGUCUAUCCAAAGGAUCGCUAGCGAAGGAUGGAUUCAAACCGGAAUGGGCACGACAAGUGGACCAUGUGGUCAGCCAGGAAGGCCUUGGUGUGAGUUCCACACGGAUCCGCAAGGCAGCAAAAGCCCACGACUGGGACGAGCUGCGAAAACUUUGUACACCCGGCGUUGCAGCCUGGGUUGAGGACCAGCAUUUGUAUCAGGGGGGUUCUUAA